GAAAACCAUUAUAUUUCACUGACAUCCUCCAGCAUCUGACAUCUGUCCGCCGAAACCAUAACGAAUACGGAAACGGAGGAGGGUUGCAGAGUGGAGUAUGAUCGGCGUCCGCCAGUCCGGAGCGAAGAUCAUCACCGUCGCCGUUAACAUAUAGCCGCCGUACGUUUGUUUGCUGAUCAGAGAACGGUACGUCUCGUACGUCAUCCGCUCGCGCUCGCUUUUAAUUUCGCGAUGGAAGAGCUGUUGCCUCCUCCUCGUACCGGGAAGGAUCAACGGGCGGCGGGAGUGGGCAUCCUUCUGCAGAUCAUGAUGCUCGUUCUCUCCUUCAUCCUCGGCCACAUCCUACGCCGCCGCCGCUUCGACUAUCUUCCCGAAGCCAGCGCCUCCCUCUUGAUCGGUCUAAUCGUUGGCGGUCUGGCUACUAUUUCUGAUACUGGAACUAGCAUUAGGGCAUGGUUGAAUUUUCAUGAAGAAUUUUUCCUCCUCUUUCUGUUGCCUCCUAUCAUAUUUCAAUCAGGAUUCAGUCUAUCACCUAAACCAUUCUUUUCAAACUUUGGAGCCAUAGUAACAUUUGCCAUUUUCGGAACAUUUAUUGCUUCUAUUGUUACAGGUGUCCUAGUUUACAUAGGUGGAGUGAUUUAUCUCGUGUACAAACUUCCUUUUGUUGAAUGCUUGAUGUUUGGAGCUCUUAUAUCAGCAACCGAUCCCGUUACCGUUCUGUCUAUAUUUCAGGAGCUUGGAACAGAUGUCAACCUUUAUGCUUUGGUGUUUGGUGAAUCUGUCUUAAAUGAUGCAAUGGCAAUAUCUUUGUACAGGACAUUUUCACUAGUGAGAAGCCAUAUGUCAUCUGCCGAUAGUUUUUUAAUGGUUAUUGUCCAUUUUCUUGAGACAUUUGUUGGCUCAAUGUCAUCAGGUGUUGGUGUUGGAUUUACUUCUGCAUUGCUUUUCAAAUAUGCUGGAUUUGAUAUUGAUAAUCUUCAGAACCUGGAGUGCUGUCUGUUUGUCCUUUUCCCAUAUUUUUCUUACAUGCUGGCAGAAGGGCUUAGUCUCUCCGGUAUUGUAUCUAUAUUGUUCACCGGAAUUGUGAUGAAACGUUAUACUUACUCAAAUUUGUCACGCAGUUCUCAGCGAUUUGUAUCCGCAUUUUUUCAUCUGAUAUCAUCAUUGGCUGAGACAUUUGUAUUCAUAUAUAUGGGCUUUGAUAUAACCAUGGAGCAACAUAGGUGGACGCAUGUUGGAUUUAUUUUCUUUUCAAUUCUUUUCAUCGGAAUUGCAAGGGCUAGUAAUGUGUUUGGUUGUGCUUAUCUAGUGAAUCUGGUAAGACCAGCACAUCGACGAAUACCACUAAAACAUCAGAAAGCACUGUGGUAUAGUGGACUUCGAGGGGCAAUGGCCUUUGCCCUUGCUUUGCAGGCAGUUCAUGAUCUCCCUGAAGGGCAUGGUCAGACAAUAUUCACUGCAACCAUAACAAUUGUUGUUUUGACGGUUUUGAUUAUCGGUGGAUCAACAGGUACCAUGCUGGAAGCUUUGGAUGUUGUGGGUGAUAAUCAUGAUGUCUCCUUGGAAUUAAGUUUUGAGGGAAGUAAUGGCUACGGUUCUCCUGGUGAUUCGGAUUCAUCACCAGGAAGUCGGACCAAAAUGAAGCUAAAAGAGUUUCAUGGCAGCACACCAGCAUUUGUGGCUUUAGAUAGGAAAUACUUGACUCCAUUCUUUACAACACAAAGCAGAGAUGAGGACAGAGAAGACGAGCCACUAAACAAUCCUAGAAGGGGGGGAUAUAGUAGCCUUACCUAAAACUUCUGCUAACUACAACUGGGAAAUACUUUCGCAGCAAAAGAUGCAAUCAACUCUGUAGAGGUAAAAAGAUUCAUGGGCUCAUUGGUAGUAGCCAACAGUCCAACACAUUAUGACCAGAAUUUAUUUCGUCUAGCAUUGCACAACGCUAAAAUAGGUUGUUGGUGUUAUUCCUAAAAGAUGAAUAUUAGUAGAGUAUCUAUGGAUGAAAUUUUGAACUCUAGGUUUAGGUUUUGCAGACAA